UCCGGCCUCACUCCACCAGCUGAUCGCGAGGAAAAUGGCCGCCUCUCUCGCCACUCUCGCCCGCCGCGCUUUUUCCACCUCCCUCCGCAAUGCCUCUGCUGCUGGAGGCGGCGCAGCCCACGACGGUGGCACGAAGCAGUGGAAGAUGCUGUCCUAUUUGGUUGCCCUUCCAGCUGUGGCACUUUGCAUGGUGAAUGCUUUCAUGUCAGGCGAACACGGCCGGCCAGAAUUCAUUGCCUAUGAACACCUGCGACUCCGAACCAAGCGAUUCCCAUGGGGAGAAGGCCAGAAGUCACUCUUCCACAAUUCUCAUGCUAAUGCUCUUCCCGACGGAUACGAAGAAGAAGAGCACUAAGACCCUCUGAAGACGCUUUGAUUUUAGAUAAGAGUGUAAGUUAAAUGUAAAUUGAGACAGGUAAUUUUAUUUUUCAUCUCUUGACUUAUUAUGUACAUACAGUGUUUGAGAGUCCAAGUAUGAGGAGUUCUUAUGAUACAUAAUUGGAAAAUAAAAGUGUAAAUGUA